GACAAAAGCAGAAGAAAGAUUUUACUUCCCCACGUGUUCAACGUAUCUACUAGGAGUGACAUGGUGUAGGGAGAAGAAAUAAGCUGUUUUUUUGUAAUCUGUAUAUACAUUUAAAACCCGACUGUAGAGACAUCAAGGUGGCAAGAUGGCUCAGAGAAAGAAGAAGCUGACGAAGAAAAAAAGACAUAACAGGGAGCAGGAGGUCGACUCUGAUGGAGACUUUCAGCUGGCUGCUGAAAUUAAAGACGAUGAUUCUCCAGGGAGGAAACUGCCACGCUUCCCUGUGGCGUCAGAUUGCACAUCUGAUGUUGAGCCCGACACCAGGGAACUCGUCCGAGCCCAAAACAAGAAGAAGAAAAAGUCUGGAGGGUUUCAGUCCAUGGGUCUCAGCUUUCCUGUUUAUAAGGGUGUCAUGAAGAAGGGUUACAAAGUCCCUACUCCAAUUCAGAGGAAGACCAUUCCUGUGAUUCUGGACGGGAAGGAUGUGGUUGCCAUGGCAAGGACAGGCAGCGGGAAGACGGCUGCUUUUCUGGUGCCCAUGUUUGAGAAACUGAAGGCCCCUCAAGCCCAAACAGGAGCCCGAGCUCUCAUCCUGACCCCCACCAGAGAAUUGGCCCUCCAGACCAUGAAGUUCACAAAAGAGCUGGGUAAAUUCACACGCUUGAAGACUGCUUUAAUUCUUGGUGGAGACAGCAUGGAGGAUCAGUUCGCCGCGCUUCAUGAAAACCCAGACAUAAUUAUUGGCACCCCUGGACGUCUCAUGCACGUCAUCACAGACAUGAACCUGAAGCUGCACGGUGUGGAGUAUGUGGUGUUUGAUGAGGCUGACAGGCUGUUUGAAAUGGGUUUUGCCGAUCAGCUUCAGGAGAUCAUCCGCAGGCUUCCAGACACCAGACAGACCCUCCUGUUCUCCGCCACUCUGCCCAAACUCUUGGUGGAGUUCGCCAGAGCCGGGCUGACAGAACCUGUGCUGAUUCGCCUGGAUGUUGAUGCAAAACUCAGUGACCAGAUUAAGCUGUCGUUCUUCCACCUGCGUGUGGACGACAAGCCGGCGCUGCUGCUGCACCUCCUGAGGAAUGUGGCAAAGCCUCAGGAGCAGACGGUGGUCUUUGCUGCCACCAAGCAUCAUGUGGAGUACCUGAAUGAGCUGUUGUCUUCAGAAGGCAUCGAGUGCGCCUACAUCUACAGCGCCCUCGACCAGACUGCUAGGAAGAUCAACAUCGGGAAGUUUGUGCACCGGAAAGCCAUGGUGCUUAUUGUCACUGAUGUAGCAGCUCGUGGUAUAGACAUCCCCCUGCUGGACAAUGUCAUCAAUUACAACUUUCCCUCCAAAGCAAAACUCUUCUUGCACAGAGUCGGCCGUGUGGGACGUGCGGGACGCAGUGGUACAGCGUACAGCAUGGUGUGUCCAGAUGAAAUGCCGUAUGUCUAUGAUCUCCACCUGUUCCUUGGAAGGCCUGUUCAGUUUGCGACAGCUGACCACACACAGGAUUCAGACGGUGUGUUUGGAAGAGUCCCUCAGAGCAUCUUGGAUGACGAAGGCUCCCAUCUGAUCACGGCUCAUGAAAACUCCCUGGACCUGCAGAACCUGCAUCGUGUCUCAGAGAAUGCCUACAAGCAGUACCUGAAGUCCAGACCGAACCCGUCGGCAGAGUCAAUCAGGCGGGUGAAAAGCACUGACGUGUCCAGCAUGGCCGUACAUCCGUUACUCGGUUCUGGUUUGGAGAAAAAUGAGCUGGAGCGCCUUCAGUUGGUCGACGCAAUUAAGAGCUAUAAGUCCAAAUCAACUAUUUUUGAAAUCAACUCUAACAGUAAGACGCCUGCAAGUGAGGUGAUGCGGAAGAAACGGUCAAAGGACAAGCAGGUGGUGGACAAGUUCAACAAGCAGAGAGAGGACGUGGCGGCGGGAAGCAGGCUGCGGCAGUCGGCUCCCCCCAGGGCCACUGCUGGUGAUAACGAGGAGGAAGAUCUGCAGGGGGUGUUCUCAGAGGUGCUCGGAGUUAAGAGAAGGAACGUGCAGGAAGAUGGAGAACGCCUAAAGAGCAAGAAAAGCAGGGAAACGGGCAAAGAGGAGGAGUAUUACAUCCCUUACCGACCUAAAGACUUCAACUCUGAGAGAGGAUUAAGCCUCGGUGGAGAAGGCAGUCAUUUUGAACAGCAGGCCUCCUCAGCUGUCCUCGACCUCAUGGGAGACGAGGGCAACCAGUUAAACCAGCACAAAAAUAUUAUGAGAUGGGACCGAAAGAGGAAGCGUUUUGUGAAAGAGUCAGGAAAGGAGGAGCAAAACAAGAAGAUCAGAACCGAGAGCGGACAGAUUGUGCACAACAAGAAACGGAAAAACUUCUACGAGGAAUGGAAGAAGAAAUAUAAAGUCGAGGAUGCAGGAUCUGGUUCAGAUGGAGAAACGGGUGGAAGGAAGAGAUCUGCAGGAGGUCGUGGCCGGGGCCGGCGAGGAGCCAGCUCCCACAGCCCCCAGGUGACGGCAGGCGGGCGCAGGAUCCGAUCUGAGCUGAAAUCCAGCUCACAGAUCCUGAAGCACCGCAAGCUGAAGCAGAAGCAGCAGUUCCUGCAGGGCGGCGGCAUGAAGAAAAUCCGCAGCAAGAACAAACAGUGGGUGGGAGAGAUGAAGAAGUCGGGCUUCGGACGUGGAGGCCAGAAGAAGGGCAAGAUGAGGAAGAGGCUGUGAGAGAGAGACGACUGCAGAGGGCUGACUGCACCACGAGGGGCUUAAUGAGGAGUUCCAUGAAUCUCCAUGUUUUUACAGUUGUCAUGGUGAAUUUUGUGACCCUGAGCUACAGGACAAUCUGGCGUGAUAAAAACCUUGUGGACUGCGAAGGUUUAUGCAUCACCAUACACACAGCUUCCUGACUCCAGAGAGGGACGAUCCAAUCAGAUGGACUAUAUUCCUCUAAAACGUGGCUGAAACUGUAUGUUUUGAUUUUAAUAGCUAAAUACAUUGAAAGAGACAUUA